AUGGUGGCGAAAGGCAGGGUGAAAGGGUACAAGAAAAUACUGGUACUGUACAUAAACUACGGGAAGCAAAGGAAACUGGAGAAAACCAACUGGGUGAUGCACCAGUACCACCUCGGAGACGACGAGGACGAGAAAGAAGGCGAUGACAUGGUGUCAAAGGCGAAUGUAGCUGUUUCUGGUGAUGACUCGGGUGGUCCACAUGAGUGGUUUCCUGAUACUGGUGCUACCAACCAUGCUACGCCCGAUCCUUCUUUGUUGACCUCUGCAACGGGUUAUGAUGGCCCUGAGACUCUUCGUGUUGGUAGUGGUACAGGUUUGCCUAUUGUUAAUGUUGGUUUAGCUUCGUUAGCCUAG